CCCACUGCUGUGUGAGUGACAGCCAGCCCGACGCUCUGGCUUCUCGUUGUCCCUUUAAAACCUGAAUCCAAGGAUAAUGAUUUAUCAAACUCUUAUUAUCACGAAAAUGUCAAAGGAAGGGCACCUUGCUAUGCACUGACGCAAACCCAGUCUUUCCCACGGAAGUAUAGAAGCUUUGCUCUGGACUGGGCAAAAUCCAGUCCGUCAAUUGCCUGUACUGCAGCUUUUACCUCUACCAAGUCGAUCCGUUGCUAUUUAAGACAUGGAUUACUCCAGCCAAAGGGAUAUGAACAGGCAGGUUGUGAACAGUCCUGAAACGGUUCCUCCUGGACCAAAUGAAGGUGCGGGAGUUGCAAGAAUCAGCCCCGAAAACGAGCCGCAGAACGCCUCGCUGCAACCCCCUGCCGCUAUGGCUCGGCUGCCACGGUCGCUCUCUAACGACUACAAAACGCUUCACUCCGAAGAAACCAAACCGAAUGAUUUGGAGAGGACGAAAGUUGGAAUCUGCAAGCUCAGCAGCACCCCGGUGCAAGCCAACUCCAUGCUCCGAAGGGAAUCUGAGACCUUUCCGUACAAGCAAGUGGCCGGGGCAGCGGCUGCCGGGCAAGCUGUGAUCCCUCAGUGCAAAAUUGCCGCUUUGCAAAGCACGGACGGGGACGCUAACCCAGCCCUGGGUAAGAGCACGCUGGAGCAAAACAAUGCCAAAAGCACCUGGGUGACCUUGAGCCAGAGCACCGUGGUACUGGGUACGGAUGGCAACACUUCUGUUCUUCCCGGCAGAGCGGAGGGGGAAGACGAUGUGGGGGAUGAAAACAAAGCCCGAGGGAACUGGUCCAGCAAGCUGGAUUUCAUCCUCUCCAUGGUGGGUUAUGCAGUUGGGCUGGGCAAUGUCUGGAGGUUCCCGUACCUGGCCUUUAAGAAUGGGGGAGGUGCGUUCCUCAUCCCCUACCUGAUGAUGCUGGCUCUCGCCGGCAUCCCCAUCUUCUUUCUGGAGGUCUCCCUGGGGCAGUUCGCUAGCCAGGGCCCCGUCUCGGUGUGGAAAGCCAUCCCUGCCCUGCAAGGCUGCGGCAUCGCGAUGUUGAUCAUCUCCGUUCUGAUAGCCAUAUAUUACAAUAUUAUCCUGUGCUACACUCUUUUCUACCUUUUCGCCUCCUUUGUACCCGUGCUCCCUUGGGCGUCCUGUAACAAUCCUUGGAACACGCCGGACUGUAAAGACAAAAACAAACUUUUAUUGGAUUCAUGCAUCAUUGGUGACCACCCAAAAAUACAAAUCAAGAACUCGACUUUCUGUAUGAGUGCCUAUCCAAACUUGACUAUGGUUAACUUCACCAGUGAAGGAAAUAAGACAUUUGUCAGCGGAAGCGAAGAAUACUUCAAGUACUUUGUAUUGAAGAUUUCAGCAGGGAUUGAAUACCCCGGUGAGAUUAGGUGGCCCUUGGCGCUGUCUCUUUUCCUUGCCUGGGUGAUUGUGUACGCCUCCCUUGCUAAAGGAAUCAAGUCAUCAGGAAAAGUGGUGUAUUUCACAGCAACGUUCCCUUACGUGGUUCUCAUCAUCCUACUCAUACGAGGUGUGACACUACCUGGGGCUGGAGCUGGGAUCUGGUACUUCAUCACGCCCAAGUGGGAGAAGCUCAUUGAUGCUAUGGUUUGGAAGGAUGCUGCCACUCAGAUUUUCUUCUCCUUAUCUGCAGCAUGGGGAGGCCUAAUUACUCUCUCUUCUUACAAUAAAUUCCAUAAUAACUGCUACAGGGACACAUUGAUAGUCACGUGUACCAACAGUGCCACGAGUAUAUUUGCGGGCUUUGUCAUCUUCUCAGUUAUUGGCUUCAUGGCAAAUGAGCUUAAAGUGAAUAUUGAAGCUGUGGCAGACCAAGGUCCUGGGAUUGCUUUUGUUGUUUACCCAGAAGCCUUAACUAGGCUUCCCCUCUCUCCAUUCUGGGCUAUCAUAUUCUUUUUGAUGCUUCUGACACUUGGAUUGGACACUAUGUUUGCCACUAUCGAGACUAUAGUGACCUCUGUGUCAGAUGAGUUCCCCAAAUACUUACGCACGCACAAGGCACUGUUCACUCUUGGGUGCUGCAUUUCCUUUUUCAUCAUGGGAUUUCCUAUGAUCACUCAGGGUGGAAUGUAUAUGUUACAACUUGUGGACACUUAUGCAGCUUCUUACUCUCUUGUCAUCAUUGCCAUAUUUGAGCUUGUUGGAGUUUCCUACAUUUAUGGACUGCAAAGGUUUUGUGAAGAUAUAGAAAUGAUGAUUGGAUUCCAGCCGAGUAAAUUCUGGCGAGUCUGUUGGGCCUUUGUGACCCCAACUAUCUUAACAUUCAUUCUUUGCUUCAGUUUUUACCAAUGGGAACCGAUGACUUAUGGAGCUUACCACUACCCUGGUUGGUCGAUGGUGCUUGGGUGGCUGAUGUUGGCCUGCUCAGUUAUUUGGAUCCCAGUGAUGUUUGUGAUAAAAAUGCAUCUAGCCCCAGGCAAAUUUAUUGAGCGACUCAAGUUGGUGUGCUCUCCACAGCCAGACUGGGGUCCGUUUUUGGCCAAGCACCGUGGUGAACGUUACAUGAAUAUGAUUGAUCCACUGGGAACAUCUUCCCUGGGACUUAAACUGCCAGUGAAGGAUAUAGAACUGGGGACCCAAUGCUAAUGGUUCUUACCUUGGUGACAGUAACAUUGUCAGCCUUUUCAGCUGUUCUUUCUGAUUUGUUUCCCCACCAUUUUUGUUUCCUUCCCUGCAGUACCUGGAGGUGGUCGCUUAGAGAAGUAGCAUUUACUGUUGCAUGCCACAGGGGAGACCUAGUUAGACCAUUUCCAGGAGUAGGUGAUGCCCAUGCUGUAUUAUGUUUUGGCUGAGAUGUGUUGCACAAUGGUUUACAGCCCAGGUUUUGUUGGGUCAUGUAGGAAUAAACGAAAGAUCCCUUGUGACAGCUAAAGGUGGGACUAGGAUUCAGAGCAGAAACACUGAACUGUGUCCAUUUGAUGCUUUUGCAUAGGAAAAUAAAGCAAAGUCUAGGAAAAAAAAGAAAAUAUCAUUUGAGAUAGGAGCAAAUUGCAUUUGAGUCAAGAGAUGGUUUGGAAAUAGCACCAAACUGAGGUUCGUGGGCAUUGCAAUUAGGGUGCUGCUGUAUGUUUCUAUCUGAAGUUUGCUAUCUGUCAUAUCCAUUGGAAAUAACUCAGUUAUACCACCCAUCUGAAACCUGGCCGUGCUGGCCAGCUGCACAUACCUGACUCCUGAUUGCAGUUAUAGUACUCUGAACAUGGUUACCUUGUUUCUCUGCUUUCGUUUACAGUAUCUCCUCAAGAAGCCAUCAUAUAAUUUGUGCCUAACUUUGUAUUCUUACAGUGGUAAGUGUAGUCCAGUUAUCACUCAUCAACAUUUAUUAGAAGUUAGAUGUGCUGUCCAGCCUUGUGAGUCCCCCUUCAUUCUCAUUCUUUAUACUACUUUUAGAUGUAUUCUUCUCUUUCAGCCAAUGGGGAAUGGCAAAACCCUGGUUGUCUAUAUAUUAUAUAUAUAGCAGGUAAAUUCUUCAAAGUAGUAUUCUCUGGAAUGUACAUAGUUCACAUAGGUUCAUUUUUUUUUCUUCUUCUUUUUCUUUUUUCUUUUUCUAUUUAGAAUGUUUUCAUGACAUAGAGAACAAAAAACAAAAAACAAUGAUUAACCACUGCAGCAACAGAUGUACAAAACAUGAGGGCUGGGGUGGGGAGCGAUAGGACAUACUAAAUCAUUACCUUUUAGGCAUCAGUUCUGUGUGGCAAUAGGAAUGUUAGACUUAAGUAAUUGUUACUUACUGGGCAGGGUAAAAAACAAUAGAGCUUUUUAGGAGUACAUUUAUUUAACUGAAUAGAAAAUUAGCCCAUUUUAUUGUAAAUGCACUAGAACGAGGGAGAAAAAUAUAUCUUGACUAAUUGGCAAAAACAUAAUAACCUUUAUGAUCUUGUUAUAUCCUAUACAUACUUAUAUGAUAUUUUUUAAGAGUGAUCAGUGUUCAUGUAGUGUGUACUAGUGAUGUUUUAUGUCCCUAUAAAUAUCUUAUCAACCAGUGUAGAAAUGGUGAGCUUAGAGUAGUUUAGCCUGUUUUUCCCUUCCCCCCCACACUCCUGUAGUAGCCAGUAAAUGUUCUUUCCUUUCAGGGGACUGUUUCUCUCCGGUUCUUUGUCUGUCUGUCUGUCUUCAUAUUACAGGGUCUCAGGUAAAUCCUCAGUUACUGUGUGUCCGUAGAUCAGUAGAUGUGUUGUUCCAUUCCUGUAGAAGAAAACAAGGCAAAACCUAAACCUUGAUGUAACACUUCUAUGUGUGAACUUGUUUUCUCUCUGUGUGUAUAUAUAUAUAUGUAUAUGAAAUAUAUUAAUCAUUUUGCUGAACUUCCUCUUCCACGGGGCAAUUAGUGUUGCCAGUUGAAAGCACUGCUGGAGACCUUUAAUCCUCACGCAGGACAAGAAAACGCCAUCAGGGCUGUCACUGAGGAUGGAUUUAGCUACAAUCUGUGCUGGCCCCUGAAUCUCUACUCCACAGGCUCUGCCACUCCCCAUCUGCAGGGGCAGCAGGAUGGGACCCCACUGCAGCUUCUCUGCCUUAAAGCUGUGCCCCUACUUUUCAGCUUUGCCCGCUAUUUCUCAAGGGGGUUUCUAUUCUUACUUCUGGCUUUUAUUUUCUUGGCAGAGGCAGGUGUGAGAAGCCACGCUGAUCCAAUGGAAGUUUGGCCCCUACAUCUGCUUGGGGCUGAGAGCACUUUUCUGGGUGAAGAAAGGAACCUAAGUCAGUGAGUUUUGGUCAGGAUGAAAAGCUCUAGGCCUCUCUUUACUGAUAGUAUCUGGAUUCUUGGCUUGAUUUUUGGAGUCCAGUCCAGUUUGUUUUUCUUACUAUUGUGACAAAAAAUAAUAGAUCUUUAGGCUUGUUCCUCUUAAAGAAAAAAAACAAACCACGGUCAAAUAAUGUAAUGGUUCUGAAUCCUUUCACAUCCUAUCUUUGUCUCAGGAUGUGCAUUGGAACUGGAAUUAACUAACUGCAACAAAAUUGUCUCAGUAUGAGGAAGCUGCUGUCUACGUUAAGAGUAAAAGAUCUUUCAUUUGAAGGAAUACUGCUAGGUGAUGAUAUCUGUCCUUUGGCUUGGAUUGACAAAAUAAAUACAAAAAAUUACCUUCCAUGAAUUCUAUAAUUAAUAUUAAUCUGUGCUAUUUUAGUACGUGCUGUUCCUGUGCUUGUUAAGUCUUUACCACAGGAUUAGGCCUGACUUUGAAACUGAAGACAGAUUUCAGAGAGUGAUGUUUUUCUAGUUGAUUUUUGUCCAUGGCUUAGACCUUCAGUAAUAGAUAUGUGAAAACACGUGGAGAGGUGGAGAAAAGAGUACAGAAGUUGCCAAAGAUAUGAAAUGUUCACUAUAUAUUAAAAGAAGAAAUUGUUCAUGCUAAGUUUCUAAAAGUAAGUACUUCACUGGCCAAAUCUGAAUGUUGAGAUUAAAUUAACCAGCAGUGUCCUCUUGAAAUGAGAAGUAACCUUGCAGUGUGGGAAUGCACUUAGUUUAGUAUGUUCUAGAAAAGCUUGCAUGUACUUUAAUAAUUUUCUAAGAAGAAAUUUAGUAAUUAGUUAAGUACUGGUAAAGAUCUUUAAACAUUUAAAAAAACACAAAAAACCACAAAAAAACAAGGGGAAAAAGCCAUAUUAGUAAAAGUGUGAUGUGCUUACUUGCAGAUCUAUCUGUCUUGUGGGUAAAAACGUUCAAAUUUGAUGAGAAUUAGUUUUGUCGCAUCUAUUUUCUUUGAAAUGAAAUUGAACUUCGGAAUGAGCUGAAAUGCACUGUUGUAUGCAUUAAAGAUCACAAUGCAAAUGUU